GGCGUCGCUCGCGGCGGGCGCCGGUGGAACGAUGCCGGGCCGGAGUCCCCUCACCUGUAUUCUCCUGGCGGCGGCAGUCACCUGCGCCUUGGCGCAGCACGCGCCGCCGUGGACAGAAGACUGCAGAAAAUCAACUUAUCCUCCUUCUGGACCCACAUAUAGGGGACAAGUUCCGUGGUACACCAUAAAUCUUGACUUACCACCCUACAAAAGAUGGCACGAUCUGAUGGUUGACAAGGCAGCAACGAUAAAGGUUAUAGUGAACACCCUGAAGAAUGUAGUAAAUGCCUUUGUGCCAAGUGGGAAAAUUAUGCAGAUAGUGGAUGAAAAGUUGCCGAGUAUGCUUGGCAACUUUCCUGGCCCUUUUGAAGAGGAAAUGAAGGGAAUCGCAGAUGCUACUGGUAUACCUUUAGGAGAGAUUAUUUCAUUCAAUAUUUUUUAUGAAUUUUUUACUAUGUGUACUUCAAUCAUCACUGAAACCAAAGAAGGUCAUCUACUACAUGGCAGAAACAUGGAUUUUGGAAUAUUUCUUGGGUGGAAUAUAAAUAAUAAUACCUGGACCGUAACUGAGAAUCUAAAACCUUUAACAGUGAAUUUGGACUUCCAAAGGAACAAUAAAACUGUCUUCAAGGCUACAAGCUUUGCUGGCUAUGUUGGCAUGUUAACAGGAUUCAAACCAGGACGGUUUAGUCUUACCCUGAAUGAACGUUUCAGUAUAAAUGGCGGUUACAUUGGUGUCUUAGAAUGGAUUCUGGGAAGGAAAGAUGCCAUGUGGAUAGGGUUUAUCACCCGAUCAGUUCUGGAGAACAGCACAAGUUAUGAAGAAGCCAAGAAUAUAUUGACCAAGACCAAAAUAUUGGCUCCAGCAUACUUUAUCCUGGGAGGCAACCAGUCUGGAGAAGGUUGUGUGAUUACACGGGGAAGAAAAAAUGCCCUGGAUGUGUACGGAUUGAUUCCUAAGCAAGGAAUAUGGUAUGUGGUGGAAACAAAUUACGACCGUUGGAAAAACCCGCUCUUCCUUGAUGAUCGCAGAACCCCUGCAAAGAUGUGUCUAAACCGCACAACUCAAGAGAAUAUCUCAUUUGCAACCUUAUAUGAUGUCCUGUCAACAAAACCAGUCCUCAACAAGCUGACAGUAUUCACGACCUUGAUGGAUGUUACCAGAGGUCAUUAUGAAACAUACCUGCGGGACUGCCCAGACCCGUGCAUAGGCUGGUGAGCACACAGGCAGCUGACCGACCACACUCAGAGACACAGAGUCAUGGUCUCCAAUAUGGCUGUCUGGGCAGGGCCACAUCUCCUGCAGGGACUGAGUAUCUACUCAAGUUUUUUGGAGUCAUGAGCUCACUCUUCUGAAGUUGUUUACAACUUCCACACUGUUUUUGCCAAAUCAGUUGAUUCUUCUUACAAACAGGUAAAACAAUCAUCUAGAAACUUGCUGCCUUUCAUUUCACUUUGACAUUUGGAAUUGGAUCAUUAAGCCCUGGGCGACCCACAUUCACCGAAUAAUCCAGGAGUCUCUUGGCAGGUGCACUGCAGUGCACCUGUUGGACAAAUGUGUGCAUGAAUAGCCCACGUGAUUCAGGUUUCCACUUCUACUUUUGUAGAUGGAUGCUUUCCUAGGUUUCAGACUUGGCCUCCUGGUUCUAACCUCUGUUAAAGCUGCUUUGCUGUUAGUGACAGCAAUAGAAUUUUACUACAUUUGACUAAGGAAUGAGACACCCAGCUGUGUGUUUCUUAUACUGGGUAAUGAAUGGCCCACUGACUGUGUAAGCAGUACUUUGGAGGGUCAGUGAAGUAAGCAGUGUGCAGGGCAGUCUUUUAUAGAAAUAACCAAAGUGUUCCUUUUAUCCCAUUUAUUCUAUUUCCCAGUAACCCCAAAGAGUUGGUAACUUGAAAAAUUGAGUCCCUGAUUCUGAAUUAGUAAGUAAACAUGUUCACAACCCAAGUAAAAUAGGAAGUAAACUCAUUAUUAUGAAUUCUCAUUAGUAUCAUUUGAUAAAUAAAUGUUUAAUUUUUUCUUCUGAUUAACAAAUGCAUUUUUAAAAAUUUUAUAGAAGUUAUUAAAAAUGUUUUCUGGAAAUCAAUCUACUUAUGCAGAAUACUAAUGAAACUUGUUAAUCUAACUUUCAUAAUUAACUGUGAAAUACAUGCCAUUGGUGCAAGAUUGUGUCCAUAUCAUUUUGUAUGAUCUUAGCUGUAUCUUGGUACUCAAUAAACAGCCCUUGGAAGCAGUGUCA